AUGGCCCAAAACUCUACCGCCCAGUCUGCAACUCCCGGUCGUGCUCCUCGCAAACCAUACGUUCGAUUGGUCACGGAUAAACGACGUGAGCAGAAUAGGAGGGCCCAGAAGGCAUAUCGCGAGAGACUAAAGAAGAAACUCAAGGUCCUCGAGGAGCAAGCUGUCUCAACCUCCAGCAACCUCGAUACCCCCCUGGUGUCCACCACCGACAUCAACGUGGAAGAUGUCCCUUUGUUUCGGAAGCCCUCCCAGACGACAAAUCGCCUAGACCCUCGCGUCAUCGAUCUGGCAGAUGCAUUCGUGGCUGCUGGAGACCUGCCCUUUGGCCAAGGGUCGAUUCCGAGUAUUCGGGCACCGGUCGCUCCUCCUUCUCCCACCCCCGAUCUCGAGUCAGUGGAGCACGUUCACGAUGACUAUGGCGAUAUGAACCUGGGGGGGAUCUGGGCAGGGCCGCAGAAUUCCCCCCGCCAGGACUCCGUUCCGUCUGCGUCUCAUUCGAAAUCCCCGGUCCGGAUGACCUUUGCACCCCACCGUAUUCCCAAUAGAUUCCGCUUCCCUUCUCCCAAGACCGUUGCGGAUCCCUACAUCAACCAUAUGCGCCUGGUUGGUGAGGACAACAUUGAAGCCUCCCUCGCCAUUGGCCUAUCGAUCGGUAUCUCUCGCUCCGCAUACCUCAACGACCAUCCUUCCAAUUUCCCCAGUUGCUACGUCGCUCUCAACAAUCUGUACCCAAGGAACUCAACAUCGAGCCAUGUAGAGUACCAAUUCUUCGACACCGCCAUCUCGAUCACGCCUCAAUUGCAUCAUCACAUGAACUCCGUCAACAGCACCCUCCGCCCCAGCCCUGCCCAGCUGCUCCACCCGCACCCCAGCUACCUCGACUGUAUCAUAUUCCCCCAUUUCCGGGACCAAGCGGUCCGUGCCGCCGUCCAAGGUGUCCUCGACCACGCCGAAUUGUUCCAGGACCUUGUGCACGGUGGACUCGUAUGUUGGGGAGGAACCUCGGGGCUGGUGAACAGGUAUUCGAGAAAACCUUCGUGCCGGAAGCGGGAUAUGCGCGAUAGUGUAGCGUGGAGCACUCGCAGCUGGGAAGCGAAGCGAUGGUUCUUGAAGAAGUGGACGUGGUUGAUUGGGACCGAGGAGGAUGAAGAGGCCAGAGGUGAUGUCGAUGGCAUCUGGAAGAGUAGUCGGUGGUGGCGGAGUAUGAGAGGCGAGUUCGAUAGCGACGAGGAAGAUGAAGCUGAAGAUGAGGUCCAGGAGAUCCUAGAUGAAGAGCAGGAUAAAAAGUUCACCGACGGGUCCGGCCGCGGUCACGGUCGGUCAGAGCGUCCGUAA